AUGGCGGAGCGGCUGGAGAAGGUGCCCAUCGCCUCGGCGGGGCCGGAGGACGUCGAGCGGUGCCCGCUGCCCCCUGCAUACUUCACUGUGAUGGCCAAGCCCGCCAGCACCGGGCAGCUGCUCAGGAUCGGGGCCAUGGUGCUCGUCGGUGGAGCCAUCCUCCUCCUGCUGGGAGCCAUGGGAGCCUCCUACUACUGGAAGGGGAACGACAAGGAGGUCUACAAUGUACACUAUACGAUGAGUGUUAAUGGGCAAGUCCAAGAAGGUUCCAUGGAAAUAGAUGCGAGGAACAACCAGGAGACCUUUAAAACUGGAAGUGGGAAGGAAGAGGCUAUAGAAGUUCAUGAUUUUCAGAUUGGUAUAACCGGCAUCCGUUUUGCUGGAGGAGAGAAAUGCUACAUUAAAGCCCAAGCGAAAGCUCACAUUCCCGAAGUCAAUGCGAUGACAAAAGAGAGUCUCUCUUUUGACCUGGAAGAUGAAGUUAUGGCAGCUCAAUUCGAUGAAAACUCCCUGGUGUGGGUUGCUGCCGACCAGCCCAUAAAGAACAGCAAUUUCCUGAGUCCUAAAAUUUUAGAGCUCUGCGAAGAUCUCCACAUUUUCUGGCUUCGACCUUCCUAUCCGAAAGCUGGGCAGAGAAGGAAGAGGGGGGCUGCCCGGAAGGCACGCCAGACCCAGCCCGAUGCAAACCUGGACAAACUUGAAGCAGCUGCCGAGGAAGUAACGACGAGGCCACGCUCUACCCCACGGGCUGAGCCAAGCAGACCACCCUCAAAUGCCACCCAACCUCCUGGGAGAGAGAUCAGGCCAGCUUUUAAUCCGGAUAAUCCUUACCAUCUGGAAGCGGGUGAAGGGAUGAGCUUUGACCCGCGGCUGGAGCACGACGGGGUCUGCUGCAUCGAGUGCAGGCGGAGUUACACACAUUGUCAGCGGAUCUGUGAACCUCUCCUGGGCUACUACCCGUGGCCGUAUAAUUAUCAAGGAUGCCGCUCCGCUUGCCGGCUUAUCAUGCCCUGCAGUUGGUGGGUUGCCCGCAUCUUGGGCAUCGUAUGAAGCAGAGGGAAGCGCUCGAAGCAGCCCGGACUACAAAUCCAAGUGGGAGUAGACCUUGAAAAAUGUGGCUGAAAAGUCCCGACUCAUUUUCUCUCCAUGUGUGUUAAAGGAUAAUUGUUUAAAUGCAUCACCUAUUAGAGAUGUAAAUAAAAUUAAACACUUAUGUUAAUAUUUCAUAAGUUUUAAUAAUUCAGAGUUAGACCAAAAGGCCUUUUGUACAAUCUUAUCCUCUUAAACCCUGCUCAAAGUCAACAUUUUAAAGUAAGAUUCUUAAGACGAGAGCCAGAUUAGCUCUUUUGUGUAUGAAUAAGUUUUCCAACAUGAAAGCUCCCUUAGAAAUUGAAAUUCAGCCUCUCCUACCCACAUCUUAUGAAAGAGAUGUGAAAAUCCGUCCGGUUAGUUUCCUAGCUAGACCUUUGCUUUGAGGAGUUCCUUCAACCAUGUAGAAUUUGACAAAUAAAUCCUAACUGAACCUGCUCUCUGUUGUUGUUCAUACAGACCUGGGUCAGGAUGGAGCAGUUAGAAACCAACUAGUUCGCUGUUUCUCUGCUGAGCUGCUGCAGGAAGGGAAGGGCCGUACUGAAGACGCAGACACUUCAACAGAAUUCAGGGAAUUGGGGCAUUCAAGGAAACCCAUCCAGCUUUCUGGAGAAGCCUGGUGACUGCAAGGCCUGGACUCCAGUCCGCUUUGUGGAGCCUGCGAGUCCAACCCCCCCGGGAGCACGCAGUGCUGACGAAGCCAGAUUUCAACAGGUUUCAGCCUUAGAUGGCAUUUUAGUUCUUCACCGUGUGUCCUAUUGAUGCUUCUGAGCAUUCCUAAGGGAGCCCAGCUCUUAUAGAGCAAAUGCCCAUUCGCUUGUUUCUGAAGCAAGCAGACAAAUCAAUAUAAGGAGUGGUCACGGCGUCCCCAUUCGCUCACUAAACCAUGUAGAAACAGAGCAAGUCAGAAGGGGUCUCCUGGGCCAUCUAGUCUGACCCCUGGCUCUGCGCAUGACAUGCCUCCCAUGGGCAUGCCUAACAUUGUCACUGUGGGAGGUGGUGCAAAGAAGCAGCCUGCUUCCACACACCCAGAUGCGGUAUUAACAGCAGGAUGGGAGAGGCCAUAUUGACUGGUACGGUUCCGCCUUCAGGCACACGUGCAUGUGCUGCAUGGGCCAACGGGAUCUAUGUUCCGAUGCAAACAUUUCGCCUUGAGCUAAAUGACUAAAGGCCAAAGAUGCAAAAAUGCCUUUAACUGAAACCGAGAACUGAGAUUCUAUUUAUUAGAUUUGUAUCUUUUUUCCUUACAAUGAUCUCAAAGCAGCUUGCCUUAUUCUCCCCCUGCUCUCAAUCUUAUCCCCACGACACUUCACUUCUUUUCUGUAUGGAUGCUUUCACCUGACCGUAAUAGAAAUCUUUGUUGCUCAUUAUAGAAAAUUUGACAAGUUGCUAAUAAACCCUAUUUGCUUUGAAUUGUGCAUGCCACUAAAGGCUUUCAAACUCUGUACAUUUCAGCAAAUCUUUACUUCAAUUCAACACACUAAGCCUUUCAGCCCCUACAUUUCAAUCUUGCACACACUUAAUUGGAAGUAAUUGGAUGCACUUUUCAUUGGAAGUACACUCAACAUCACAGACUUAGAUAACAUUACAAUACUUUGUUGUAAAGCUUGAAGCUAAAAAAUCUAUUUAACAGAAGCAGUGAAAUCUCCGCUAGUAGUUGCAUUUCAAAAGCGUCCUAUCCAUCACUCGUUUAUGUAAUUUCUAGACAAAUUAAAUAGUUUAAUGCCUCAUUGGACUUGCGUUUACAAAAUUCCAGUGAACUCACUGAAACUUUAGGAGGGUACCACAAUAGGGGUUUUGUGAUGGUGGUUGAAAGAGGAAUUGAUGCUACAAUAUAUACAAUCUUUCAACACAGGUAAACAGAUUCUGCUGUGUCCACUUUCAGAAGCCCACAAAACCCAGAGGGAGGACAGUGAGGCAGGAUAAAAAAGCA